UCCAACCGCGGGAAAAUAUUUCGCAAACAUUAUUCGAUUAUAUAUUUUUGAUUUAUCAUUUAUAAUCAAGGUUUUGUACACUAUAAAUCAUUGAACUAUUUUUUUUAAAAAUAUUUUUCUAAGAAAUGAAAUGUGUAAUACCAGGAGCCAAUUUAAAAGUUUUAGCAAGAGCUAUUCAUGCCCUUGCAAAAAUUGGAGAAGAAAUGUACGUACAGCCUCAAGAAAGGGCUUUGUCAUUUCGAGCAGUCAGUAUGUCAAAUGCCGCAUAUUGCGAUUUUACAUUUCGUGAUAAUUAUUUUUCGUACUACAAUUAUGGGAAUUUAGAUGAAGAAGAUGCUUUAAAGUGUAAAGUUGCAAUGAGGGGUGCCAUGGCAGUAUUUAAAUCUCCAGGAGUUAUUGAUAAAUUAGUAGAGACAUGUCAUAUCAAAUUAGAACCUAAUGCACCAAAGCUAAUUAUUAUUUUAAAAUACAAAAAUAGUGUUACUAAAACUUUUUUACUGCCCAUUUUGAACUGUGAAACGUUACAGGCAUCGUAUAAUAAAGAUGGAGUUGCUAAUCAUAUAUUGGUCCAACCAAAAGUAUUAGGUGAUGCAUUACAGAACUUCCAACAGAAUUUACUUGAAAUUACGUUAGAUGUAGUCUCUGACAAAAUUUUAAUCAGAAAUUAUGUACAUGAAAAUACCAAUGUAUCAAACUCUACACGAACUCAACUAGCUCCAGCGAUAGGAGAGUUUGACACUUAUAUAAUUGGGCAAAAUGCGUGUAUUACAUUUUGUAUGAAAGAAGUCAGAGCGAUACUUUUAUUUGCAGAAAUCGUUUCACUACCUAUUCAUAUGUUUUUCGAAAUUGCUGGAAGACCAAUUGUUUUUGUGAUAAAACACUCUUCUUUUGAGGCGAAUCUAGUACUUUCCACAUUAAAUCCAGAACCACCAGAUGUUGCAGAACUUUCAAUUCAUGAAAGAAGGCAAGCUCUGAAAAAACGAGGAGCACUAAAAAGACCUAAAAAAACUCCAAAAACACGACCAAGGUCGAGUAAAAUUUCUACCCCUGAAAGUAGUUACUUAUCAUCAACUAACAACUAUGACACCAAUAUUUCAAAGGGUCCAAGUACUUCGAAAUCCAAAAAAUUUCAAAAUGACGACACAGUAUCAGUUAAUGAUAUCAAAAUAACGGGUUUGACUAGUGAUCAGCGAUCCUGUUCGUCAAGUGAAGUUAUAUUAGAGACUAGACCAUCAAGAGAAUCUCAAGUCUUGUUGAAUGCAAUUGAGAAAAAUAUAGUUUCAGAAACUCCUUCUUCAAUUAAUUCUACGCCAGCACGACAUCCACAUUUGUUUACUAGUGAAUCUAGUGAUAGUCCCUUAUUAUUUUCGCCUUCUACGAAGAGAGCAGCGAAUGGAAAUAAUAAGUACGAUUCGAAUAAUGAUGUGCUAGAGGCAGAUGUAGUGCCCAAUUCACCUCAACGAUCAGCAAAGAAGGCUAAAAUUAUAUUUAAAAAGUGUUUACAAGCAACAUUUGAUCCUAAAAAUUUACCCGGACAUGAUACCAUGUUAGCAGAAGAUUCUGAUAAUGACUGAAAUUGAUUAUUAAUAUCGUAUCAUUGUCAUAUUGAGUAUGACUUGUUGUUUUUUCAAUAUGAAUUUAUUUUGUUGUUAUCACAGUUUAUAUAAUAAAAAUAUUUUUAUAGAUUA